GUUAAUCCAGUGGGAAUCACAGAAUUAGCUGGACUUUGGCUCCUGCCUUGUCAUAACCCAGCUUCUUCACCCCGGGUUUAUGAUUAUCAAACAUCCAGGUGCCAGCCAAUGAGACUUCUAACCAAGUGAGCCCACGGGUAGUUACACUGUCCCAUGGUUCUCCUAACACGAGUGUCUUGGGCUUGAGACAAGAUCAAGUAUCCUGGGUGAGAGAUGGUAUAACAUGAAGAAAUAAGGAAGACAGAUAGCAGACUUCCACAAGGGGAAAUACUUGCUGACCACUGACAUGGGGAACACGGGAUUCUGAAAUCAUAAAUCCUGGAGAGGAAACACAGCUGGGGACACCACAUCUUCCUUCCAUGGGGAACCAUCUCAAUGUACUGAAGAUUGGAGAAGUGGAAAGGGGACGGGCUGUAAGGAAGCAGUGCAACCAGACCAGGAUGUGCCUUGUGAAUGCUGAGAUUUGAGACGAAGUUCUCCAAUGGCUUCUUUUCACAUCCGCCAGUUCCAGGAGAGAGACUACGAACAGGUCGUGGAUUUGUUCUCCACGGGCUUGAAGGAGCACAUCCCUGCCUCCUUCCGCCACCUGCUGACACUGCCCAGAACCCUCCUGGUCUUAGUUGGGGUGCCUCUUGUCACAGUCCUGCUGUCUGACUCCUGGCUCCUGGCUGUUAUAUGCAUCUUCUUCAUGCUUCUGUUCUUUUGGUUCCUUGUCAGUCAUGCCUGGAACAAGUAUGUGUCCAAAUGUUUGCACACAGACAUGGCUGACAUUCCCAAGUCCUACAUGAGUGCACAUGGCUCCUGCUUCUGGGUGGCUGAGUCUGGGGGAGAGGUGGUGGGCAUCGUGGGUGGUCUACCAGUCAAGGAUCCCCCAUUAGGAAGGAAGCAGCUACAGCUCCUUCGCCUGUCUGUGUCCUCACAGCAUCGAGGACAAGGGAUAGGGAAAGCACUGGUCAGAACUGUCUUUCAGUUUGCACGGGACCAGGGCUACAGUGACGUUGUCCUUGAGACAGGUGCCGUCCAGCAAGGUGCUGUGACCCUUUACUACAGCAUGGGCUUCCAGAAGACACGUGAAUUUUUCAGGGACACACUCGUGUGGCUCCUGAAUCUCUCUAUAAUUUCUUUCACAUACUCAUUCCCUUCUGCUCCCAAACAUGAGCUGUGACCUUCUUCCCCUGUGUGUCUGCCAGCCUCCAGCUCACUGUGCUGUGGAAAAAAACUGUCCUAAUAUUGUAGUGGACAAAUCAUAAAAUCGAUUUUGUCAUUU